AUGGCUAGUGAGGUUUCAAUAACAUUUAACUUCAUCACCAUCACCACCACCACCACCAUCGUCGUCGCCACCACAAAUACCUUCACCGCCCCCGCACAACCACUGCCAACGACACCAUUGCUACCAUUGCCACCACCACCUCUACCUUCGCCGCCACCACUACUGUUGUCACUCCCACCACCACCCUCCAACAACACCACCGACUCCAUUGCAACCACCAUCUCCACCACCACAAUCCCCACCACCACAACCACCACGUCGUUGCGACCACCAUCAUCAUCACGACCAGCAGGUAAAACUCCCUCCACCACAACUGGACUGGGCGAGACCCCAGGGUCCCUCGGCCAGGGACGCUAG